AUGUGGGGCCCUGUGGAGCGAGGGAAGGGCUGCCGCCACAGAACCUUCUGGGAAAGGGGCACGUUAGGGAAACCAGCACAUCGCCGGCCAUCAGAAAGAGCGCCCAGCCCGGCCGUGAGAACCAAGCGCACCUGCUCCAAUGGCCCAGGCCACGAAGAAAACAAGGCCCUUGCGUGCUGGCAGGGAUGCCAGCAGCCGGACUCUCGGAGCCUGCUGGACAACCGCAAGACGGCCUGGCCAUCAGGAGGCCGCGUGGCGGUGUCUGUGAAGCUCAGCACGCAGCGGCGUAGACCCAGCCCCCAUGCACGGAGGCGCUGUCAUUUUUACGUCUCUGGGGGCCUCUGUGUGACUGAGACCCUCAUGCUCCCCCCAACACACCCACUGAAAAGCUGCCCUCUAGAAGAAUCCGCUUCCUCCCUGGAGUUCUCCUUCAUCUUCACCUCCGACAAUCACCCCGCCGCCUUGGCCGCCUCCACCAUGUCCGUCUGCUCCGACGCCUGCAUCCACGCCUCCUGGCAGGUGGACGACUGCCCAGAGAGCUGCUGCGAGCCCUGCGGCGCCCCCAGCUGCUGCCAGCCCCGCGGCUGCGCCCCCGCCCCCUGCCUCACCUUCCUCUGCUCCCCAGCGGGCUGUGCGUCCAGCCCCUGCUGCCAGUCCGUCUGCGCCAGCUGCUGCACACCCUCCUGCUGCCAGCCGUCUAGCUGCCAGCCCUGCUGCUGCCCCUGCUCAGCCGGCCAGCCGUCCUGCUGCGUGCCUGUGUGCUGUAAGCCUGUGUGCUGUGAGCCCGUGUGCUGCAGACCCGUGUGCUGCAGACCCAUACCCAUGUGCUGUGAGCCUGUGUGCUGUGGGGCUUCCUCCUGCUGCUGCCAGCCGUCCAGCUGCCAGCCCUGCUGCCGCCCCUGCCCGUCCUGCCCGCUGUCCUCCAGCGUGUCCCUGCUGUGCAGGCCCGUUUGCAGGCCCGCCUGCUGCGUGCCCACCUCCUCCUGCUGUGCCCCCUGCUGCCAGCCCGGCUGCUGCCGCCCGGCGGCCUCGUGCGUGUCCCUGCUGUGCCGCCCUGCCUGCUCCCGCCAGGCCUGCUGUGGCGGCUCCCCAGGCCAGUGCAGCUGCUGA